AUGAACGUGGAUCGCACCGUCAAGGCACCACCACCCGCGCGUGCGGACGGGCUUUGGUUCAGCGACUGCGGGCUUGUGUUGCGUGCAGAGAACACUGUUUUCCGUGUCUCUCGGGACUUCAUGGCCACACAUUCGCGGAUAUUCAGGGAUAUGCUGGCGCUGGGCCCUGCCCCCACCGACGCAGAGACCUUUGACGGCUGUCCGCUUGUGGGCCUCCCCGACUCGGCCGAGGACACCACCAAGGUCCUCAAAGGCCUCCUCUACCACGAUUUCCUCAGCUUCAAUGCGACGGACAACACGAUAGCGGUGCUGCUCUCUAUUCUGCGGAUGGCCCACAAAUACGAGGUGUCUUCUCUCCUGAAACGGAGCCUCCAUCAUGUGUCGCUCCUCUUCCCGACCACACUCGCUGCGCUGGACACAUCCGGCCAGCGGCACCAGAAGGCGGCCGGCCCGGGACCCGGCGUCGACUGGCCGACCGUAAUCCUCACUGCGCGGCGGGUGUCAAUGGAGUGGAUGCUUCCCGUUGCCUUCUACUGGAUGUGCUCGCCCACCUACGAAGGGGCGAUCCUCCGCUCGCCGCUGAGUGUGGAAGACAAGCAACGCUGGGUCGUCGGUCUGCGACAGCUCGACACACAAGAGCGGUGGGAAGUGCUAGCAUUCCUCUCGGCAGCCCCCAACCCGGGGUGCCCGUCCAAAGAGCAGUGCGCACAGAGCCGAGCCAGCGUCCGUCUGGCCGUGGACCAGUUCAUGCGCUCCAGGCCCGCGGAGCCCUUGGGCCUGCCACUCCAUCUCUGGGGGCCGGUAUCGUGGAAUUCGCUGGAAGCCCAAGUGUGUCCGCUGUGUGUUGCGGACAUGCGGGCCGCCCAUCGGGCCGCGCGGGAAAGCCUCUGGGCGAGGCUGCCCCAGAUUUUCGAUCUGCCCAGCUGGGUCACUGCACCAACUUCAGUGCCUAUAUCAUAUUUCGGAAAUUACCCGAAAUUAGGCCCGAUCGGGGAACGAUUGCCGAUGGAAACGCGUGCUGUCACAUCAAACGUCUUUUCCUUCUCACAGCCAUCCACAAUGGGAGCACAUCAGAACAGUUUGAUGGGUUCCCGCUCUUUCGCCGGAGUAUCCGACCCGAUUCGUGAUAUGACCGGCAUUCCUCAUCCAUUACUUGCUACGAGAGCUUUUUGCUGCUGGCAGUCGUUCGUCUUGGGUGUCGUCAAGGGUGUCGUGUAA